AUGGAGGUAGUGACGGGUGCCAUGGGAAGCCUGCUUCCAAAGCUGGGCGAGCUGCUUAAGGAGGAGUACAAGCUGCAGAAGGGCGCCAAGAAAGAUGUCCAGUCUCUUACCAGAGAAGUUGCGAGCAUGCAGGCUGCCCUUGGCAAGGUAGGGCAGAUCCCGCGUGACCAGCUCGACGAGCAGGUCAAGCUAUGGGCAGGAGAAGUCAGGGAGCUAUCCUAUGUCAUGGAGGACACCAUCGACACCUUUCUGGUCCGCGUCGAGGGAUCUGAGCCUGAGGUCAACUCAGACGGCUCCGCCUUCGGUGCGCUCAUGAAGAAGAUGCUCAAAUUGUUCGACAAGGGCAAGACUCGGCGUCAGAUUGCAGAUGCGAUCAAGGACAUCAAGGACCGGGUCCAGGAGGUUGCUCAACGGCGCAGCAACUACAAGAUCGAUGACAUCGUCGCAAGUCCUCCUUCGUCGACCACCAUCGACCCCCGUCUCUCGGCUCUCUACAACAAGAUCACUGACCUUGUUGGCAUCGAUGAGCCGAGGGAGGAGCUAAUCAAGAGGCUCGAGGAGGGUGGCGAUGCAAUCAAGGUUGUCUCCCUUGCUGGAUUUGGGGGAUUGGGCAAGACAACUCUUGCCAAAGCAGUAUAUGAAAGCUUGAGAGCACAGUUUGAUUGCGCGGCCUUUGUUUCGGUGUCUCAGAAUCCUGACAUAACAAGGGUCUUCAAGAAGAUGUUGCAUCAACUUGACCAUAAAAAAUACGCCCACAUCAACGAAGCAUCAUGGGAUGAAACACAGCUCAUCGAUGAGCUAAGGGAGUUCCUUCGGACAAAGAGGUACCUCAUUGUUAUCGAUGACAUUUGGAAUAUCCAAUCAUGGGAAAUGAUCAGAUAUGCUUUGGUUGAGAAUAGUUCUGCAAGUAGAAUAAUCACAACAACCCGUGACUUUGAUAUUGCUGAACAAGUUGGAGGUUGUUACAACCUAAAACCCCUUGUCCUAGAGAGCUCUAAAAUAUUAUUCCAUAGAAGAAUAUUUGGUUCUGAAGAAAAGUUUCCUGAACAUUUGGCUGAAAUAUCUAUGAAGAUUUUGAAGAAAUGUGGCGGUGUGCCAUUAGCUAUCAUUACCAUGGCUAGUCUGUUGGCUGUACCUAGUAAGAUGCUAAAUCCAAGUGAGUGGUAUGAGGUUUAUCACUCGAUUGGUUCUGGACUUGGAGAUAGUCCAAGUGUGAAGAAUAUGAGGAUGAUAUUAUCACUUAGCUAUUAUAGUCUACCUUCCCAUCUAAGGACUUGCCUAUUGUAUCUCUGUGUGUUUCCAGAAGAUUAUGAGAUUCCCAGAGAUAAGCUAAUAUGGAAAUGGAUAAGUGAAGGUUUUAUCCAUCGUAAAAAUCCUGAUGAUAGCUUGUUUGAGGUCGGGGACAGGUAUUUCUUUGAGCUCAUAAAUAGAGGCCUGAUCCAGCCAUGCUUCGGUUAUCAGGACAUUAUGAUAACGCAUUGCCGUUUGCAUGAUAUGGUUCUUGAUCUCAUUUGUUUCCUAUCAAGUGAAGAAAACUUUGUUACUAUAUUGGAUCAUAUGAAGAAAAGCGUGUCUUCCCAGAUUAAUAUCCGUAGAUUGUCGCUCCGAAAGACAAAGGCAGAUGAUCAAAGUACACAUCUUGCUUCCAUGAAUUUAUCACAAGUGAGGUCUAUUACUGCAUUUGGGACUGACAAUAGUGGGAUUCCUCCUUUUUCAAGAUUUGGUGUUUUACGUGUAAUGGAUCUAAGUGGAUGUCACCUUGGAGAAAACAGCCAGCAUGACCUUAGGGCUCUUGGGAAUUUAUUUCACCUAAGGUACCUAGGUCUAGAAGGUACUAGUAUCUGUGGACUCCCAUCUGAAAUAGAGAAGCUACAGUUUUUGCAAGUGCUGGAUGUGAGUAACAAUAUAGGUUUAAAAGAACUGCCGGCGGCUGUUUUCAAGCUGAGAAGAUUGAUGUGUCUAUAUGUCGAUGGUGUUUGCCAGAAGCUUCCAGAUGGUUUGGGGAAUCUGACGUCCUUGGAAGUGCUGACUACCAUAUGUGGCCACGGAAACAUCAUCCAAGAGUUGCACAAGCUGUCAAGGUUGAGGGUCCUUCAUAUUUGGUUAUAUGAUUUCAGCUUGGAGUUUGAGGAAGCUUUUGUGGAGUGCCUGUGCAAGCUACAGAAUAUCGAAACUAUAUAUUUCCAAGCCGGUUGUUCUUUUGGAUCCAUGGAUCUGUUGGGGAAACGUUGGGUGCCACCCAGACAUCUCCACAGCUUCGACUCAUGUUUACUCGGCCAAUUCCCUGGAGUGCCAGAGUGGAUAAAUAGAGAUCACUCAAAUCUCUCAAACCUCUGUGAGUUAAGACUCUUUGUCAUGGUACUGCAGCAGGAAGACAUAAGCGUCAUUGGGAGGUUGCCAUCUCUUCGUUCUCUCUACAUAAUGAGCUCACACCAGACGGAAAGGCCGCUGCUCAUUGGCGCGGAUGGUUACCGCAGUAUGAAGGCCUUCAACUUGAGCUGUGUGUAUUCUGGGCAAGUAUUAGUAUUUCAGCAAGGAGCUUUGCCCAAUGCUACAGCAGUUGAAUUGGACACCGGUGUUUGGCUUCCAAGAGAUGGUGGUUUUGACCUGGGCCUGGGGAACCUGAUGUCCCUUGGGCAGCUGUCGCUCACAAUCCGUCGUGAUGGGGUCACGGUUGCAGAGGCCAGGGAAAUGGAGGCUGUGCAGAGGCACGCACUGGAUGUGCAUCCAAAUCGCCCCAACACCACAUUUCAAAUGGAGCCACCUAUUCCAGACCAUUUGAGUGACCACUAG